CUGCUGCUACGUCACUGUCAUGUUCCGGAAGUGUGAAUCUCAAGCGAAUAUAUCUACACGUCAACAGUCCGCUUACUAGCAGUGCUCGUCAUAUAAAACUACUGAACAAUUUAUAACGCGUUAAAUAUUAACACAACCUUUUCCAGUUGAGAUGGACGCUGAGGGCAGAGGUUCCUUCAGUGAGGGUGGAGCAAGUGGGAGAAGUUUGCCACCAGGCUUGACGGAGGAGGAAGCUGUGGAACUGGAGCUGGAGCUUACUAGGGUGGAGGAUGAAAUUCAGACUCUGAGGCAUGUUCUGACAUCCAAAGAGAGGCAUGCUGGGGAACUGAGGAGAAGGUUGGGUAUAAGCCCUCUGGCUGAGUUAAAAGGCAACCUCACCAAAGGCUGGCAGGAAGUCCAGACUUCUAAUGCUUAUAUGAAAACCUCACAGACUCUUGGGGAUUUGAAUCAAAGAAUUACAUCAUCUAACGUUUAUCUUACAGCAUCUGCUACUCUGGAAGACAUUAGUCGUUCUGACGCGUAUAAGAAAACUCAGGAGACUCUGUCCCAGGCUGGUAUGAUAACAUCAUCCGCUUUCUCAUCACUGGGUUCAGCCAUCAGAAGCAGACUGGGAGAUAUGAGCAGCUACUCCAUGCGCCACUCUUUAAGUAUGCCCACUAUGAGGAAUUCACCAACAUUUAAAAACAUGGAGGACAAGAUGUCCAAGGUAGCUGGAGGAAGCACGAAGGGCGAAGAUGCGUAAUCGCCACUUGGCAGUGGUUAUGAACAGGAAGCACAGAUUCAUCACCAAAAUUGACUGCUGUAACCCAAACUACCCCAAGUCCUUUAAAGCGCUAUGCUGAAAACCAAGAGAUGACAAACCGUUGAAAUAAAUAAUGCUGAACAGUACUAAAGUCCCAAACUGCUGUUCAAGUCUACAACUACAUCUCUGCUGCUUACUUUAAAAGGAGAAACCUUGAACCUUUUGUGGAUUUGAAAAAAAUCCUCAGUGACUGUGUGUGAAUGCAUGAGGCACACGACUUGUACUGCUGUUUCGCUUGUUUCAAAUGUAUAAAAAGGUUUUCAGAAUGGUGUCUGCUCUGAUAUUACUACUGAUGUAAUUCACUUGUGGUUCCAUGCAGCAUCAUAUACAUGCCUACACACUGUGGAUUAAAUGAAAAUGCUUCCUUGGUAGUAUAUGUCCCUCCUGUCACAUAUGAUUAAUGAGAAUGUAACAGAAUGCAUACUACAUCCCUUAUAACUCAGGGCAACAGGUGCUAGCGCUUUGACUAUAAUGUGAUGAAUGAACAAAUGCCUCAUAAACUUUUAUGGACUAUGAGGUAAAUGAUUCUGAUUAAUUAAAAUAAUUGGUCUUUUUUGGGUUAAAUGAAAGACUUCUUUAUCUGGGUAUUUGGUUAAAUUAUCUGUUGAUCACUUUUUUGUGUUGUUUUCUGGUGUUACUAUGGUAAAAAGAAAUAUUUAGGUACACUUAAACAUUAAUAAACAACUUUUUGUUUGCUUGGCUGUCCUGAAGUUAGUAUCCAGGAUGUGCUUGAGAGGUUGACAGUUAGUUUGGUGGAGGAGGAACUAAAAUAUGUGUUGGGUGGUGUCCAUUUUGCCUGGAUAAAUUAUGCAAAGAUGUUGACUUCACCCUGAGACUGUUACCUUUAUCCCAUACACAAAUCUGAACAAGUCUAGCUUGUAACAUGUGAUUUUAUUGUAUUUAACAUUAACAUGGUUAUAAACAUGCUUAAAUAAAUCUAGAGGUGGAAAACA